GCUGGCAUGGCGAGGCUCCGCGUUUCCAGCACCACCGUGGCAGUGCUGGUGGUGAUCCAGACGGGUUUUCUGCUGUUCCUGUACACCCAGCAGGGCACCCUCCCGGCUCCCUCAGCGGAGAAGCCAGCCCGGACCCACCUCCUCAUCCUCUCCUCUUGGAGGUCGGGGUCUUCUUUCGUGGGCCAGCUCUUCAGCCAGCAUCCCGACGUCUUCUACUUGAUGGAGCCAGCCUGGCACGUGUGGGUCACCAUGUCCCAAAACAGCGCCAAGGUAUUGCACAUGGCGGUACGAGACCUCAUCCGGUCCGUCUUCAAGUGUGACAUGUCCGUCUUUGAUGCCUACAUGCCUUGGAACAGAAACCUGUCCCAUCUCUUCCAGUGGGCGGUGAGCCGGGCCCUGUGCACGGAGCCUGCUUGUGAGCACUUCCCGCGCACUGACAUCACCAGAGAGGGUGCCUGUAAGACCCUCUGCGGCAAGUACCCCUUCAGCAAAGUGGAAGAGGCCUGCCACACUUACAGCCACAUUGUCAUCAAGGAGGUCCGGUUUUUUGACCUGAGAGUGCUUUAUCCUCUGCUCACCGACCCCUCCUUGAACCUCAAAAUCAUCCAUUUGGUUCGUGAUCCCCGGGCAGUUGUGAAGUCCCGGGAACAGUCAGUCAAAGCCCUUGCCCGGGACAAUGGGAUUGUCCUGAACACCAAUGGCUCUCAAGUGGAGGACCCUGAGUACAGAGUUCUGCAGGAGAUCUGCAGGAGCCACGUUCAGAUUUAUGAAACCGCCACUCUGAAGCCUCCAAGCUUUCUCAAAGAUCGUUACUUGUUGAUCCGAUUUGAAGAUCUUGUAAGGGAUCCCUUACCAGAAAUUACAGCAAUGUACACAUUUGCUGAUCUUCAGUUGACCCCCAAGCUUGAGAGCUGGAUCUAUAACAUAACACACGGACAAGGACCGAGUAGAAAGAAGGAAGCCUUCCUGAUCACCUCUCGAGAUGCAGUGAAUGUCUCCCAGGCAUGGAGGAAUGUACUUCCUUUUCAGAAGGUCCAGAGAGUGCAGGAAGUUUGCAAAGGGGCUAUAAAGAUACUCGGCUACCAGGCUGUGGAUUCUGAGAGAGAGCAGAAGGACUUAUCGUUGGAUUUAGUGUUGCCACAUCGAAGAAGCCAAUUCAGUUGGGCGUCAUUUAGUCAAAACUGAGUGACUGUAUUCUGUUGUUCAUUUCCAAGCUGAGGGGGAGAGACUGUAUUUUGAUUGAGGAAUCCAGUUUUUGAAGUUGUUCCUGUUUCCUGUUUCCCUGACCUGGAAUGAGUGGAACUAAGAAACAAAGCACAGUUGGAGUAUUGUUCUCUGGGGGAGAGAGGAAGUGGAGGAAGAAACAGCAUCUCAGUGUAUGGCAGUUUCCACAGGGGAAGUAGCUUGUGUGGUUUCCCCAUUGCUGGUAUGGCCGCCAGUACAGUACAGCAGCAAUAGGACUCCCAUGGGCAGGUUUCCCCAUUGCCCCAGUUCCUUGUCAGUAACAAUCCCCCUCUCCCAGGCCUCUGGCACUUUUUCAUUUUAAAAAAAAUCCAUACUAUUGAUAUAAUAUUAUGCUGGUAUGCAACAGGUUCCCUGAAUUCCUAGCUUCCAUUUUUAAAAAGCCUUUUCUGUUGUGGAAGCCAUCUAGGCUUUCUUACAAUCUUUCCCAAAAGUUUUCAGCAAAGUGGAUUUGAGAACAACCAGAGAAAAGUUGAGAAAAUCCUGGGAGAUGCAAGAAUGGACCACAGUGCUGUGGGGAAGCAAGCAAAACACUCCUCCCGACUGUAUUGGAACUGGGGCAAUGUUACUUUAUAAUAGAGUUCUAUUAGAAGGUUAUAAUUUGUAGGAACAGAAUCUGUUUCAUUAAGAGAAUGUUUAACUGCUUCGGCAGACAUCCUAUUGUGCCCUGGGAACGCACUGGGCAGCCACUCUGCCGCUCUGGACCUGGUACUCCCCUCUGAGAGGACAGGCUGCCAUGUGAGGAAGGUAAAUGCAGGAAAGGGGGUAAAUACUUUACAUUACAAUUGUCAGAUUUUUUUCAGCAGAGCAAAUGUAUGAAGAAAAGAAUGCAUUCCUGCCACAAUGAAGGAAGAUGCUAUGCUUGGUAGACAUUUCUUUUCCUGCCACUACAGCCUCUUGAUCGUGGCUCUCCUUCAGUUAAUCCAGAGUGGGGGGGGGUGAACUUCAAAAAUUAUUAUUUUGUUUCUAUAUUGGAAUGUUGGUAAGGGCACAACUGUUGGUUUUCAUAAGGUAGCCAUUAUGGUAGUAUUCUAGACAGUUCCAUUUUAAUACACAAUUGGAACAAUACUCCCAAUUUAAUGAAAUCUAUAGUCAUGCCAUGUUCUGGGGGCAGAAGAGACCUGCUGGAAGCCAGUUUUCCCUUCCAUGUGGGCAACUGUAUCAUCUGCACUAGUAGAACACUACAGGAAUCUAGUGGCACUUUAAAGACCUUUAGAAAAUGCAUUUCAGCAAAAGCAUUCAUGAGUCAGCGCUCACUUUUUGCAGAUACUUGAACUGUAUAGUCAUUAGGUGGAUACAAUUAUACUAAAAGCUGCUAACAGCGGAGCUGCAGAGUCAGAAGGAAAAGAUCUUAUAAUGUUUUACAGUGCUCACUUUCCUGGGUCUGAACAAGGACCGCAAUUUUUCACUCAUGAUAGAUGCUAAACAGCAUUUCCCACCUAUAACAAAUGUUAGUUAGUUCAGCUGUACCCUUUACUUCAAUGGUUAUUGUGCCUAACUCUGCACCUUCCUUAGUUCAGAAUGAUUUGCGGUUAAUGUUACUUUGCCUCCCUGUCAAAUGUAGGGAAUGCCUCUCACCCACCCUUUCUGUGUUAUGAGGCCUCUUCUCUUGUUCACAUGUUGCUUCAAACUGGCCUUUCUUUGUAAUGGCCCCCCCUCCUCCUGCUCUUUGCACGUAAUAUAAAUGCAUCUGUGUAUUGUGUGGACACUUCCGGCACCUGAUGAAGCUAGACCGCCAAAAGCUCAAGCUGGAAUAAAUGUUGUUAAUCUUUAA